CCUGCGCUCCGGAGAAGGUGAACCAAAGCUUGUAAGAAACGUUUGCAGUGAGAUCCGUCCAACAGAGCAUGCAUCCACAGGAAUUUGGCAAAAACCCACAUGAGCUGUACUACAUGCAGGUUCAGCGUGAGAGAGAGAGGGGUGAGAAGAUGGAGGACAGCCCCAGGAACAGGAAGUUGAGGGUGUGUGUGGCCACCUGUAACCGUGCCGACUACUCCAAGCUGGCUCCCAUCAUGUUUGGCCUGAAGGCCGACCCGGAAAACUUUGACCUGCGGGUGGUGGUGCUGGGGUCCCACCUCAUUGACGAUUACGGGAACACGUUCCGCAUGAUCGAGCAGGACGAAUUCGAGGUCAGCUCCAAGCUGCACACCAUCGUGCGUGGGGAGGACGAGGCCGCCAUGGUGGAGUCGGUGGGCCUGGCGCUGGUCAAGCUGCCGGACGUCCUGCGGCGGCUGAACCCGGACGUGCUGCUCGUCCACGGCGACCGCUUCGACGCGCUGGCGCUGGCCACCGCCGCGGCGCUCAUGAACAUCCGCAUCCUGCACGUGGAGGGCGGGGAGGUGAGCGGCACCAUCGACGACUCCAUCCGCCACGCCAUCUCCAAGCUGGCGCACUACCACGCCUGCUGCACCCGCAGCGCCGAGCAGCACCUUAUCGCCAUGUGCGAGGACCACAGCCGCAUCCUGCUGGCCGGCUGCCCCUCCUAUGACCGACUCCUCACCUCUUACCACAGCGAGGACUCCGCCAAAGUCAUACAGCACUGGCUCGGAGAUGAUGUGAAAGAGAACGGCUACAUCCUGGCUCUGCAGCACCCCGUCACCACCGACAUCGAGAACUCUGUGAAGAUGUACGGCCUGAUGCUGGACGCCCUGAUAUCCUUUAACAAGAGAACGCUCAUCCUCUUCCCCAACAUCGACGCAGGAAGUAAGGAUAUGGUGCGUGUGAUGAGGAGGAAGGGGAUCGAACGACACCCCAACUUCCGGGCGGCGAAGCACGUGCCCUUUGACAAGUUCAUCCAGCUGGUGGAACACGCCGGCUGCAUGAUCGGUAACAGCAGCGGAGGGGUGCGGGAGGCGGGGGCGUUUGGAACGCCCGUCAUCAACCUGGGGUCCCGCCAGACGGGCAGAGAGACAGGUGAAAACGUCCUUCAUGUGCGAGAUGCAGACACACAGUAUAAGAUCUACCACGCCCUAGAGCUGCAGUUUGGGAAGCGCUAUCCCUGCUCUAAGAUCUACGGUGAUGGGAACUCAGUGCCGCGCAUCCUGAAGUUCCUGCAGAGCAUCGAUCUGGACGAGCCGCUGCAGAAGUCCUUCCGCUUCCCACCGGUGAAGGAGUGCUUCUCCCAGGACAUCGACCACAUCCUGGAGACCCAGAGCGCCCUGGCCGUAGACCUGGGAGGGACCAACCUGCGUGUGGCCAUCAUCAGCAUGAAGGGGGGUAUAGUGAAGAAGUUCUGCCAACCAAACCCAAAAAACUAUGAAGCCAGGAUGGAACUCAUUUUGAAAAUGUGCACAGAUGCUGCAAUCCAAGCUGUGGACCUCAACUGCAGAAUCUUGGGUGUGGGCGUGUCCACUGGCGGCCGUGUGAAUCCUCAGGAGGGGGUGAUCAUAGACUCCACCAAGCUGAUCAAGGAGUGGAGCGGCAUUGACAUUCGCACGCCCAUCUCCGACGCCCUGCAUCUGCCCGUGUGGGUGGACAACGACGGGAACUGUGCUGCCCUGGCGGAGAGGAAGUUCGGCCACGGCCGAGGGGUGGAGGACUUUGUGACCAUCAUCACUGGCACAGGCAUCGGCGGGGGGAUCAUUCAGCACGGCGAGCUGAUCCACGGCAGCACCUUCUGCGCGGCCGAGCUGGGCCACAUCACCGUGUCUCUGGACGGGCCCGAGUGCAAGUGCGGCAGCCGCGGCUGCGUGGAGGCCUUCGCGUCCGGCCUGGCCCUGCAGCACGAGGCCAAGAAGCUGCACGAUGCGGACCUAUUGAUCACGGAGGAGGUGCCCCUCAAAGGUGAAGAGACCAUUACCGCUGCUCACCUCAUCAGCGCUGCUCAGCAUGGUAACCCCAAGGCAGAGGCUGUUCUCAGAACAGCUGGCACGGCCUUGGGUGUGGCCGUGGUGAACAUCCUGCACACGGUCAACCCCUCCCUGGUGGUCUUGUCCGGCGUGCUGGCCUCCUCCUACCAAGCGCCUGUCCAGCAGGUCAUCUCCCAGCGUGCCCUGUGCUCCGUCGGUAACGUCAAGGUGCUGACCUCUGACCUCCAGGAGCCCGCCCUCCUGGGUGCCGCCAGCAUGGUGCUGGACUUCGCCACCCGCAGGAUGAAUUGACCGCCCAGCCCAGGCCCGCCGCCACCGCCGCCUUCCAUCUUUAGCUGCAACUGAAGGGCCCGCCCGGGCCUACAUCUCUGUGUUUUCCUUUGUGUGUGUGGGGUUACCUGGACCUCCUGGGACAGGUGCUCUGUGUGAGGCCACACCAACCGACUCACCCUGCGGAAGCCCCUCUGUGACGGAUGAGAGGGCCCUUCUCUUCUGCAGGGUUGGUGCUGCUCUUUUUCGGUUUUGAUUUCAGAAACUUCAUUUUAUUAUCUGUCUGUUUUUACUUUAUCUUCUGAGUUUGGAAGAAGCAGUCUUUUUUCUUUUUUUUUUUAAAUACAUGCAUUCUUGAAGUGGUCCUGCCGCUGAAUGUUCCUCAGGGGAUUUGGGAGAGUGCGCAGACGCUAGGUUCUGCUGCUUCUCAUGGCGCAGUCCACAGUCCUGUGGCUGAGCACUGCAGUGCCGCAAUUUUCUGCACAGCUGGGUCAGCUAGGUCAGUUUUUUUUUUUUUUUUUUUUGCAUUUUUCCACCUUCUCUCCCAAUUUGGAAUAACCAAUUGAAUAUCGGUGCUCAUAAAUGGACCCCUGACUAUUAAAUCAGGAGAGAGCAGACCUCCACACGCUCUCUGAUGCAUGUCACCUCACAGCCCGCUAGUCAGGCCUGCACAGAGAUGAGUCAGAGGAAUACGCUUCAUGUGCAGCUUCACAGGCGGACUGCAGGCACCUGGUAAACCAGCACGGGUCGCUGUAGAACAAUGAGACGCAGAUUCCUCCUAAAUUAACCCUACCUAACAUUUGGCGACGCUGCCACCAAUUACGCAUGGCCUUGUGGGGCUCCCGGCCACAGUCAGGAUUCAAUCCCAGACCAGGGGCUAGAACAGCUCCGAAACCGGAUGAGCCACCCAGCAGCCACCAGCAGAUCCUCAUAAAUGAUGAGAAUUAUAAACACCAGCCAAGAUCCUCCAGCAGAAUGUUUUCUUAUACUUGAAAAAUGAAGAAAUUAAGAAAUGCUAAUUAUACUGCCCAAUGAGCAUUAUCCACAAAGUGUCCACACAAUCACCAUUCAAACUGAUGCCAAAAAAUAUGACCGGGAAGAAGCACAAACAACCUGAAUGCCGACUGCUUAGUUCUCAGCAUUGAUCUUUCUAGAUGUUUGCAGUACUUAGAGUAGUGUUUUCAGCAGCACUUUACUUGAACUACCUGAGCCUCAUAAAAAUCACAUAACAGUAAUAAGCAUGACACAGCCAGUCACAAGAGCAUAUUCCAAUUUCAGGCAAGUGCUAUAACACUGUGACAACGUAUUUAAUUUUACGAAACAGAUUUAACCCAAAUUGAAAAUGAUCUUGGCAUACAUUAUUACAAGGUCAAUAGAUUUGUAAUGAAGUAUGAUGUAAAAUGAUGUAAACCACUCUUGUGACUGUUGUGUCAUCCACAGUGUUAUGUUGGAUUAAUGGAAUAUUAUUUCAGGGAGGAGGGGAUAAUGUCUUAUUAUAUAUUCAUAUUACUGAAGGGAUGUUUUAUUGUUUUAGUAAUAUUAAGUUUAUUUAACAAACACUGGAAAACUGUCACAAUGUAAAGUUUUGCGGCUGAAAUGAUGCUGACAAAACAGUUUUGCACAAUGAAAGAAAAAUGUGAUAAAUAAUGAUAUGUCUUUAUAGAAUACAUAAAUGUCACACUUUUAAUGAUAUAUGGAUGUAAAUUUGACAUUCAAAAAUUGUUAAAAAUGU